CGUCCAAUAAAUUCGUUGUUUGGCCCAUUAAAACAACAGUGCAACAACGGCCCAUUAGUGCUUCUUUAUCGCCGGGAAAGUGGUCGACGUUUUGCGCCACUGAGAAACAAAGAACCCUAAAAGCCCUAAGUUGCCUGUAUUUUUUUGCUCAUUCAAGUCUCGUUCUCUUCUCCUUGCUUGCACAAUUUCAGCUAGAAAAUGAUUGGAAUAAAGACCCCAACGAAGGGAAGAAUCAGGAGAGAGCUUGAAAAACGUGCUCCUAAACUCGUGGAAACUGGGAAGAAGACUUUAAUACUUCACGGCUCAAAAACUAACAACGUACUGAAUGCUUUAUUGACUGAGAUUUAUCAACUUAAGAGGGAUAAUUCUGUCAAGUAUAGUAGGAAGAACGAGAAUAUCAGGCCGUUCGAAAGUGGAGGCGAAACGUCCCUGGAGUUUUUUCUUCAAAAGACCGAUUGCAGCCUUUUUGUGUUUGGGUCUCACUCAAAGAAGCGCCCUAACAAUCUUGUAAUUGGGCGAGCUUAUGACCACCACAUUUAUGAUCUUAUUGAGCUUGGUGUGGAGAACUUCAAAAGCAUGGAGUCUUUUGCAUUUGGUAAAAAGUUGGCUCCAAAAAUUGGAUCGAAACCUUUCUUUGCCUUCAUUGGAGAAGGAUUCGAGAGUGUGGAAGAAUUGAAGCAUUUGAAGGAAAUUUUACUAGAUCUAUUUCACGGGGAGGUUGUGACAAAUUUGAAUCUGGCUGGAUUGGAUCAUGUUUUUGUAUGCACAAGUGUGUCUUCAAAUAAGGUCUUUUUAACUCAUUGUGCAUUACGACUAAAAAAAUCUGGCACCAUUGUUCCAAGAAUAGAGUUGGUUGAGGUUGGACCGUCUAUGGAUUUGGUGUUUCGACGACAUCGCCUUCCUGAUGAGAUGUUAAAGAAAGAGGCUAUGAGAACUGCUUCUGAUAAAACAAAGAAGAAGGAGAAAAAUGUUUUCAAAGAUGCUAUCCAAGGGAAAGUUGGGAAGAUAUAUGUUCCUGAUCAGGGGAUUGGGAGUGUGGCACUGCCUAACAAAGCAAGGGGAGUUAAGAGAGAACGGCGUGAAGCUAAGAUGAAGAAGGGAGCAGAACAGUCUGAUGCAAAGGAAGAGAAGAAGCCACGAUCCGAGUGAUUAUUGUUUUGCUGGUAGGUAAUGUUGCUAAUUUGGAUUAUUUUUUUUGUGCCCUUGCCCUCGUGUGGUUCGCCUAUGCUUACAAUUUUAAGAUUGCUAUAUUUUUGUUCCAUUACUUCACAUUUAACAAUAUUUUAGGCAACUUUUGUGCAACAAAUGGCCAUCUAUUAAUCAUGUUCAUUGUGUUUCGAAAAAAAUAUGGCUCAUGGGA